AUGGCUGAGAUCCAGACGAGUCACCGACGAGUGGUUUUAGUGCAUUGCGAUCGAGUGACCACUCGUCGUAUUAUAGACACCGCCAAAAGUCUGGGCCUUUUCGACGGCAACAAGAUAUGGGUCUUAUUAGACGGCCUCAUAGGGUCGGCACACAUCACAUCCCCAUCAUUGCGCCAGUAUUUAGAUCUGCCGAAUGGUAUGAUUGCUAUCAGACAUCGAACUCAACAUCAAAACGAUAUCAAAACCCUCACAUCAAUCAUACAAUUAAUCGGAAGAACUGCUUCCAGUGUUUACAAGAAUUCAAGAUUUUUGCUCAAUAGUGACGGCAAGAAUGGGUCGACGCUGGGAGUGAGCUGUUGGCGAAACACCACCGCCAACACCAGAAAGUUCAAUGAUUUGAUCUUCAAAGAAUUGCGGAAAUGGUUGACUCCUAUGUCGACGAUUAAAUCAAACCUAUUAUGCAAACCAAGAAAACAUAUGAAUAACGAAGACAACAGUGAUUUGCUUGGCGUGAAUGAGGAGCACUUGUGGUCGGCGCCGACAUUUGAUAUCCUCAAUCUGGUUCCGGUGCUCACCGGUCAUUCAGCACAGGAGUGGAGGGUUAUAGGAAAUAUCACCAAGGACAACGCCACCAUCAAUACGAUCCGAUACAUUGGCCACACAUCCGAUGUGUUGACGAGUGGAAAGCAUAGGUUCAGAAUCGCCACUAAUAUCGCGCCGCCGUUUGUCAUUGAAUCGUCCAAAUUAGACAAUAAUACGUGUCUUACCGGAGACUUUUGCCUUCAGAUUGAUACGAAAAAUCGCGACGAUUUGAUCGCUAUAUUCACAGACUUUCGGUCGGAUAAGAGGGAAAUGGAGGGAAUCAGUUACGAAGUGCACUGUUGUGCGGGAAUAUCCAUUGAUUUGCUCAACGCCGUGGCCCGGGAUAUGAACUUUGAAUACGAUCUGUAUUUAGUAGCGGACGGUCUGUUCGGAGUGCGGCGGAACGGUCAGUGGGACGGCAUAACGGCCGACCUCGUCAACGAUGUGGCGCACAUGAGUUUCACGGCAUUCAGCACUACCAGCACUCGUGUUCAGGCAAUCGACUAUUCGGUGCCAUUUUUCUACUCGGGAGUGUCAUGUCUGGCGCGAUCGUCAAACUAUACGGACGUACCACUCGAGGCUUUCCUAAUACCUUUCAGCUAUCAAUUAUGGGUCGCGAUAUUCACGAGCCUUUUCACGACAGCAGUCGCGGCUGCUAUUUAUGAGUGGUUCAGUCCCUUCGGUCUCAACCCGUGGGGACGUCAGCGCACAAAAAACUUUAGCUUAGCCUCAGCUCUAUGGGUGAUGUGCUCUCUACUAUUCAGCCAUUUAGUCGCCUUCAAAGCACCCAAAUCCUGGCCCAAUAAGCUUAUGAAACAGAGGACGGGAACGGCCAGAAGUAGUGCUUCUGAGGGCUAUUUAAUGGAAAAAUAUACAGAUCUCUGGCAUCACAUCGAAAAAAAUAAAGUCCAUAACUUUGAUGAAGGACUCGAACACUUGCGGAGCGACAAGUUAGAUGUACUGAUUGGCGAUACGGCUAUAUUAGACUAUUUCCGAGCCACUGAUCCCAGUUGUAAUUUAAGACUAUUAGGGGAUUCCAUAUUUGAUGACGCCUACGCUAUUGGUAUGCAAAAAGGCUUUCCAUUUCGGGAAUUGAUCUCAAGUCUGAUACUGAAGUAUAAUGAGUACGGCUUUCUGGACCAAUUGCACCGCAAAUGGUAUGGAAGAGUCCACUGUCUGGAGUCGUCGGCGCUGACCAAACCCAAGCCUUUGACUGUGAAAGCAGUCGCCGGAGUGUUUCUGAUGCUAUUCUUUGGCCUCAUCGUUGGGACACUUAUUCUACUCAUUGAACACUUUGUCUUCAAAUAUAUUCUUCCGUCGCUCAGAAAGAAACCCAAAGACUGCUUCUGGAAGAGUCCGAACCUUAUGUUUUUCAGUCAAAAAUUAUACCGUUUUAUAAAUACCGUUGAAUUGGUUUCACCCCAUCAUUCGGCCAAAGAAAUUAUGUCUAAUCUCAGGGAAGGACAGAUCGCGAGUCUCUUUCAGAAAAGUGUCAAAAGAAAAGCAAAAGAAGAGGCCAGACGUCGGAAAAGUAAAUCACAAUUCUUUGAGAUGAUUCAAGAAGUCAGAAAAGUUGUUCAAAGAGCAGCACAUGAGAGAAGUUUUAACGACUCGAUCGAAGUCACAGCGGGAAUGCCGUCAAUCGUAUCCAAUAAGAAAGACUCGAUUGUAACGGAAACGGAGUCAGUGGGGGCAGUGGGGGUAAUGGGGGCGCCCACCACUUUCAGGACCUCUUCUAUACGGUUCAAAGAGCACGAAGAGAUCUUUGAUGAGCGCAUUCUUGUCCACAGAGAACCCCUUCCGCCGCAUCUCAUAGUAAAGCCCGUCUCGAGUCUGAAGGGCUCGGAGUCGAGGAGCAAACUACUGAAGUCCUGUCGGACCCCCACAUCUGCCACGAGUAGUGGCGAAUCCACUUACUAUAGGAGUCCCGCAUCGCCUGUCGUCAAACGCCGGUCCCGACCCACGCCUGCCCUCAACUCUCAACAGUUCACCACAAGCUUUAGUCUAGAAAACGUGUCGUACCCUUCAAUACCCGACACCACUCUAACCAAUAAAUAUGACGAUCGAAAGACACAGAAUAAGCGAAAGAUGUGGUCUUUCGACGAUUUGGAUGCAAUAAAACGUGAAUUGAAUGAACCCAUGUCUCCAUGCGAUCGAAACCACUCGAGUCUUAUGUUGUUUGAGUUCAUCCCUAAGAAGAGUUCUGUGAUUAUGUCGAGUCCUCGGCAUCGGAUCGACAGCUUAAGGCUGGCGUCGAUGAGCAAAGAGGACGUGUUGGCGAUGUGGAGGUCCUCUGAACGGGAACUCCUAAACCAAUUACAGGAGGCGUUGCAGCAGAAGCGGGCACUGGAGGAAAGGGUGGCUCUCCUGCAAAGAAUGCUAAUGAAGCCGCCCUGA